UGGGGCGUGGUUACAGAUGACAGUUGUUAUAAACAGUGUAUGUAAUAGUUUUACUUGCUAAUGUUCACUCGUUUGACAGCUAGGAAUUUAGUUUAGAGAACCUCGAUAAUCACUGACAGACAUAUUCAAAGAUGGCACAUUUGGACCUAGCCAAAAUAAGUUCGAAUGUAUUGAAAAACGCUGCAUCUGGGGAGAACGUGGAACUGGGGACGUUGUGGCGGGAGCAGACCGUGGUGCUUUUCUUUCUGCGGCGGUUUGGCUGUCAGAUCUGCAGGUGGACUGCCUCAGAGGUCAGCAAGCUGGAGCCUAACCUUAAGGCUAGCGGAGUAGCUCUCGUCGGUGUGGGGCCUGAGCUGCUUGGGGUAGAUGAGUUCAAGGCGGGAGGCUUCUUCAAGGGAGAUGUCUACGUUGAUGAGAAGAAAAAAAGCUACAAGGACCUUGGUUUUAAAAGGUACAAUGCUUUAAGUGUGGUUCCUGCUGCCAUGGGGAAGAAAGUGCGAGAUGUCUCAUCAAAGGCAAGUGCUGGCGGAAUCCAGGGGAACUUCACAGGGGAUCUCCUGCAGAGUGGUGGCAUGCUUAUUGUGGCAAAAGGUGGUGAGAAGGUGCUUCUGCACUUCAUCCAGGACACGCCGGGAGAUCAUAUCCCCCUGGAAGACAUAGCCAAAGCCCUGGGCAUCUCAGCCAGUGUGGAAGCUGGACAGAGGCCGCAGUGCAAUGAUGAUGUUUCCACAAUGUAGAGACUUGAACCUUGAACCCUGACCUUGAGAGAUGGGGACCACCAGCAGCUCACUGGAUUAUUGGGACUCAUCUACUGUUUGCAUUUUUUUCUAAACAAUGUGUGAUUCUGACAUCAAUAACUACCUCCAAGGAUCAAAGAGGCAGGAGUAAAUGUUCAUCAGUACACAUUUGCAUGUAUGAACCAAAGAAGGAUAUUUUUAUAAAUAACUACUUGCUCAUUUGAUGAAUUACAAAGUCCUAACUGAAUUACAUUUUGUCUGUAUUAUUCUUUGUGCAAUUGAUUAAAUUAAGUUCUACGCGUUGGACUGCACAUUUAUCACAA